GGGGUGCCGCCCGCCCCUCCCCAGCGCGCUGACAGCAGGCUCCGGGGUCCCCGCCCCGUCCCCUCGCCGGCGGGACACACCCCCGCCCCUCCUCUGCUCCGCCAGUUCCCGCCGGACCCACCGGGCGGCGGAGAGAGCGGGCGAGCGAGCCGAAGAGCGGCAGCCGCGGCGGCGCGGAAGGGAAGGGGCGCGCGGCAGGCCCACGGGGAGCCGCCCGGGGUGCACGGAGCCCGCGUGCCCUCCGAGACCGUCCCCGCCCUGGGGCCGUACCUGUGGGCGCCGGGAUCCCGGGCAGCGGCGCGCCGGGCCGGAGUGGCGGGUGGCCCCGGGGACCCGGGAAGCGGGAGAAGGAGCCAGAGCCCGGCCGGGAUGAGAAGGUGACGCCGCCGGGGGGCGCCACUCGCUUUGUGGGGGAAGAUGCUCGCCUACUGCGUGCAAGAUGCCACCGUGGUGGACGUGGAGAAGCGAAGGAACCCCUCCAAGCACUAUGUAUACAUCAUCAAUGUGACCUGGUCCGACUCCACGUCCCAGACCAUCUACCGGAGGUACAGCAAGUUCUUUGACCUGCAGAUGCAGCUUUUGGAUAAGUUUCCCAUCGAAGGUGGCCAGAAGGACCCCAAGCAGAGAAUCAUCCCCUUCCUCCCAGGAAAAAUCCUCUUCCGGAGAAGCCACAUCCGGGAUGUAGCUGUGAAGAGGCUGAAGCCCAUCGAUGAGUACUGCCGGGCGCUUGUCCGGCUGCCUCCUCACAUUUCACAGUGUGAUGAAGUUUUUCGGUUCUUUGAGGCCCGACCAGAGGAUGUCAACCCCCCAAAAGAGGACUAUGGCAGUUCCAAGAGGAAAUCAGUGUGGCUCUCCAGCUGGGCUGAGUCUCCCAAAAAGGACGUGACAGGUGCCGACACCAGCGCCGAGCCCAUGAUCCUGGAACAGUACGUGGUGGUGUCCAACUAUAAGAAGCAGGAGAACUCGGAGCUGAGCCUCCAGGCUGGGGAGGUGGUGGAUGUCAUCGAGAAGAACGAAAGUGGCUGGUGGUUCGUGAGCACCUCUGAGGAGCAGGGCUGGGUCCCUGCCACCUACCUGGAGGCCCAGAAUGGUACUCGGGAUGACUCAGAUAUCAACACCUCGAAGACUGGGGAAGUGUCCAAGAGACGCAAGGCCCAUCUGCGGCGCCUGGAUCGCCGGUGGACCCUGGGCGGGAUGGUCAACAGGCAGCACAGCCGAGAGGAGAAGUACGUCACUGUGCAGCCUUACACCAGCCAAAGCAAGGACGAGAUUGGCUUUGAGAAGGGCGUCACCGUGGAGGUGAUCCGGAAGAAUUUGGAGGGCUGGUGGUACAUCAGGUACCUGGGCAAAGAAGGCUGGGCACCAGCAUCCUAUCUGAAGAAAGCCAAGGAUGACCUGCCAGCACGGAAGAAGAAUCUGGCAGGCCCAGUGGAGAUUAUUGGGAACAUCAUGGAGAUCAGCAACCUGCUGAACAAGAAGGCAUCAGGAGACAAGGAGACUCCACCAGCUGAAGGCGAGGGCCCAGAGGCCCCCAUCACCAAGAAGGAAAUCAGCCUGCCCAUCCUCUGCAAUGCCUCCAAUGGCAGCGCCUUGGGGGUCCCCGAGAGGACCGUCUCCAAGCUGGCCCAGGGCUCCCCAGCCGUGGCCAGGAUUGCCCCCCAGAGGGCCCAGAUCAGCUCUCCGAACCUAAGGACAAGGCCUCCACCUCGCAGAGAAUCCAGCCUGGGGUUCCAGCUGCCGAAGCCGCCAGAGCCCCCAUCUGUUGAGGUGGAGUACUACACCAUUGCCGAAUUCCAAUCGUGCAUUUCUGACGGCAUCAGCUUUCGGGGCGGACAGAAGGCAGAGGUCAUCGACAAGAACUCUGGUGGCUGGUGGUACGUGCAGAUCGGUGAGAAGGAGGGCUGGGCCCCUGCAUCCUACAUCGAUAAGCGCAAGAAGCCCAACCUGAGCCGCCGUACAAGCACGCUGACCCGGCCAAAGGUACCCCCACCGGCGCCCCCCAGCAAGCCCAAGGAGGCUGAGGAGGGUCCAGCAGGCACUGGUGAGAGCCAGGACUCCCCGCUGAAACUCAAGUAUGAGGAGCCUGAGUAUGACAUCCCUGCCUUUGGCUUCGAUUCAGAGCCAGAGCUGAGCGAGGAGCCCACAGAGGACAGCAGCUUGGGGGACAGGCGGCCCGCCCAGCCCCAUAGGCCCUCGCCCGCCUCCUCCCUGCAACGGGCUUGCUUCAAGGUAGGCGGGUCCUCAGAGGACGUGGCCCCAGAAGAGGAGACCAUCUAUGAGAACGAAGGCUUCCGGCCAUGUGCAGAAGACACCCUGUCAGCCAGACGUUCCUCCCACGAUAGUGACUCCCCAGGGGGCUCCCCGCUGUCCCUUGCCCGUAAAAAUUCCCCCAAAUCGGGCUCCCCCAAAUCAUCAUCGCUCCUAAAGCUCAAGGCAGAGAAGAAUGCCCAGGCAGAAUUGGGGAAGAACCAUUCGUCAGCCUCCUUUUCUUCAUCCAUCACCAUCAACACCACCUGCUCCUCUUCCUCCUCCUCCUCUUCCUUGUCCAAGCACAGUGGCGACCUGAAGCCCCGUUCUGCCUCGGACGCAGGCAUCCGCGGCACUCCCAAGGUCGGGGCAAAGAAGGACACUGACCUGAAGGCUGGGCUGACCUCCUGUGCCCGGGCCAAGCCAUCUGUCCGGCCCAAGCCAUUUCUGAACCGAGCAGAGUCCCAGAGUCAAGAGAAGAUGGACAUCAGCACUUUACGACGCCAGCUGAGACCCACAGGCCAGCUCCGGGGAGGUCUCAAGGGUUCCAAGAGUGAGGAUUCAGAGCUGCCCCCCCAGACAGCCUCCGAGGGUCCCAACGAGGGGUCUCGGAGAGGCUCGGCCGACCUCAUCACCCUCCCAGCUGCCACACCCCCAUGUCCCACCAAGAAGGGACGGGUAGGGCAGGCCACCUCCUAUACCACAUGCAGUGCCUACCAGAAGGUCCAAGACUCAGAGAUCAGCUUCCCCGCAGGCGUGGAGGUGCAGGUGCUCGAGAAGCUGGAAAGCGGCUGGUGGUACGUGAGGUUUGGGGAGCUAGAGGGCUGGGCCCCCUCCCACUAUUUGGUGCUGGGUGAGAACGAGCCCCCUGACCCUUCUGGCAAAGAGCCGGACACAGUAACCACCAAGAGCAAACAGAAUGAGGGCAAGUCCGACAGCCUGGAGAAGAUCGAGAAGCGGGUGCAGGCACUGAACACCGUCAACCAGAGCAAGAGGGCCACACCGCCCAUACCCUCCAAGCCCCCUGGGGGGUUUGGCAAGACCUCAGGUGCUGGAGCCGUGAAGAUGAGGAACGGUGUGCGGCAGGUGGCAGUGAGGCCUCAGUCAGUGUUCGUGUCCCCACCACCCAAGGACAACAACCUGUCCUGUGCCCUUCGAAGGAACGAGUCUCUCACGGCCACCGACGGCCUCCGCAGCGUCCGCCGGAAUUCCUCCUUCAGCACUGCCCGCUCAGCUGCCGCAGAGGCCAAGGGCCGCCUGGCCGAACGGGCCGCCAGCCAGGGCUCGGAUACACCUCUGCUGCCCACCCAGCGCAAUGGUAUCCCCGUGUCCCCCGUGCGCCCCAAGCCCAUCGAGAAGUCCCAGUUCAUCCACAACAACCUCAAAGAUGUGUAUGUCUCCAUCGCAGACUACGAGGGGGACGAGGAAACAGCGGGCUUCCAAGAGGGUGUGUCCAUGGAGGUCCUGGAGAGAAACCCCAAUGGCUGGUGGUACUGCCAGAUCCUGGAUGGGGUGAAGCCCUUCAAAGGCUGGGUGCCCUCCAACUACCUGGAGAAAAAGAACUAAUGGGGGGGGCGGGGGGAAUGGGUUCUUCCAGCCCGAGCCUGGAUGAGUGGUGAGAUGAAGACGAAAGGGAAAGGGAAAAUGGGAGGGGGGUGGGGGGAGGACAGCAUAAAACCCUGCAGAAUGUGUGACCUCAAGGAUGCUCCCCUCUGGGCUGUCCCCCAGCUGGAAGAUAGGGUCUGGUGAGGGCCCACAUUGAGCAGGGAAAGGAAUGAGCAGGGGAGACCUGGAACCAGAGGUGAGACAGCUGAGCCCUACAUGUGCAUCUUGAUGACUUCGCUGAUGGACUUGGCAUCGUUUGAGACAGGCCAUGUGGGAAACCCCAGUUGUGCCUUGGCUGUAAAUCUGGAAAAGGUUUGGUCGUAGGGGCCUCCUAUGCCCUGCCCCAGCCUAGCCCAGUUCCAGUUGCUGGCAUCUUGCCACCGGAUAUGGCCCUUGUAUCGCCCUCAUCUGUAAUUGUGAAUUGUGCUGGUUUCCAGGGAUUGCCGCCACCCGCCACGGAUGGUGUGGCAGAAGAGACCACUGGCUCUGGGGCUUGGAGGCAUCUCCUAUGAGCUCAGCCUGUCCCUGGGCCAGGCCACUGUCGGUGUCUGUUAAUUGAAGAAAAAGCAGUUCUCCAGGUGCCACCAAAACCACCUUUCUUAGCCAUCAUGGCCCUGAGAAGAGAGCCCGUGCUGCCCGGGGUGACCACUGAGGACCAGCAGCCUGAGUUUACAGAGAAGGGGGGCGAUGCCAUAGAUGUCUUUACAGUCUGCGCAGACUUUAUUUUGCAUAUUUCCGGGUGGGCAGUUCCUUUGCAUGUUUUGGGAGAGAUUUAUUGAUUUGGGGCUUCUAUGUUGGGCCUUGGGUUUUGGUCUUAUUUUAGGGGUUGUUUGGGGGCCUAAGGGCGGUCAGCCUCACGGGACGGACGGGAUAGGUAGUGGAUAGUUUUUCUGUUGUACUCUUGUGGGGGGGUUGUUCGUGUUUCACAUGCUUCCCCUCCACAAGCCAGUCAUUUCAUUUGGUUUCCACUGUGUGGGCAGUACCUGAGCACGACGUUUGCCUGAGGGAUUGGGGGCUAGAGAAACCCUGGCUCCCAGACACGGUCAAAUAGAUACUGCUCUUCUGGUUCAUGCCCAGCCCCACGAGGGAGGGGGGCCUUGUUCAGGAGACAAGGCGGCUCUCAGGCUGUUGGGUGACCGCCAUUCUGCAUACGUUCUCCCUCCUGGGCAGGACCAAAAGCCUUACAUGUGAACUGUGGAGAAGCGGCCAUCGCCCCCACCCUAGGCUGAGGGGACCCCUGGGCCAAACUGCAGCAAACACCACCAGCUGCCCCACAGCCUGCAAGUGAUGCUGCAGGUGCCCGAGAAGAUGGAGGACCCUAGGCCAGGAGCUGACCUGGUCUUUCUGAGGGGCAGUGCCCCUGCGAAGAGAGAAGCGAGAGAAUAAAGUCCCUGUCAACUU